AUGGAUGUCCAUCCUUCGAGAGAGCUGGUGGCCAGCGGGCAAAGAGCUGGAAGGAACAGGAAGACCCAGGCACAUAUCAGGAUCUGGAGUAUGGAAACCCUCCUCACCCUCUAUGUCUUCGGCAUGGGCGAGUUCGAGAUCGGCGUGUCCGCAGUGGCCUUCUCCCAGUUGAAUGGAGGAAGCUACGUGCUUGCAGUGGACGGAGGAAGAGAAAGGAUAUUAUCAGUGUGGCAGUGGCAAUGGGGCCAUCUUCUUGGCAAAGUUGCGACUCUUCAAGAAGAUUUAACUGGAGCAUCCUUCCAUCCUCUUGAUGACAAUCUACUGAUCACUCAUGGUAAAGGGCAUCUCACAUUUUGGACCAGAAGAAAAGAUGGUUAUUUUGAAAAAACUGAUAUCAUCAAACCACCAUCCAGAACGCAUAUUACUUGCCUCCAGUUUGAGCAAGAUGGCGAUGUAGUGACUGCAGAUGGAGAUGGCUUUAUAACAAUAUAUUCAGUUGAUAGUGAAGGAGCUUACUUUGUUAGAAUGGAAUUUGAGGCCCAUAACAAAGGAAUCAGCAGCCUGAUGAUGCUUUCUGAAGGAACUCUCUUAUCUGGAGGAGAAAAAGAUAGGAAGAUCAUCGCAUGGGAUUCAUUGCAAAACUACAAAAAAAUAACGGAAUCAAAGUUAUCAGAAAAUGCUGGAGGUGUGAGAUCAAUUUACCCUCAAAGACCAGGCAGGAACGAUGGUAACAUUUAUGUAGGAACAACAAAAAAUAACAUAUUAGAAGGAUCAAUGCAGAGAAGAUUUAACCAGGUUGUAUUUGGCCAUGGAAGGCAGCUAUGGGGCCUUGCAGUUCAUCCUGAUGAUGAACUGUUUGCUACCGCUGGCCACGAUAAACACAUUGCUUUAUGGAAAAAGCAUAAACUUCUCUGGACAGUACUGAGCCCUCAUGAAUGUGUAUCACUCAGUUUCCAUCCGUUUGGAGCAGCGCUGGCAGCUGGCUCUACAGAUGGUCACCUGAUAGUACUCAAUGCUGAAGCAGGCAACACCGUGGCAACUGUGCGGGUGUGUGGAUCAGCUCUCAGCUGUCUCUCUUACAAUCCAGCUGGAGAUAUGCUAGCCAUUGGAUCACAAAAUGGUAGUGUCUACUUGUUCAGAGUUUCCAGAGAUGGCUAUAACUACAAGAAGAUUAACAAAAUACGAGGAGCUCAGCCACUAAGUCAAUUAGAUUGGAGUACAGAUGGCAACUAUAUUCAGACAGUCACUGCAGAAUAUGAUCUAGUGUUCUGGGAUGUAAAAGCUUUAACAAAUGAAAAAAGCCCUAUCACUAUGAAGGAUGUCAAGUGGUACACUCAAAAUUGCUCUGUUGGAUUUUUGGUAGCAGGUGUAUGGAACAACAGGUAUUAUCCGCAGACUUCAGUUAUCUCAACGGUCAGCCGAUCAGCAGCUCAUGACCUUCUUGUGGUCGGAGACACUGAAGGAUACCUCAGGCUUUUCAGGUACCCCUGUAUAAGCCAAAAGGCAGAAUAUAAUGAAGAAAAGGUGUACAGCAUGUCAAUAGCAGCUGCACGAUUCCUUUACAACGAUCGUAAUGUUGCUACGGUUGGAGGUAGUGAUGCGUCUCUGAUGCUUUGGCAGGUAGUCGAUGAAUGAGUGCAGCUGUACUGGUCUGUCCAGCUUGAAGAGGAUAACGGCUCUUAUUCGUACGAUUCUGGAUGACCAGAAAGGUUCCUGGGAGAUAUAAUGUAUAAAUGAUAUCCAUUCAAACAUGAAACUACAAGAACAUUUGCGUAUAUAAAUAUAAAAUAAAUAUACAGGUGAUGGAACUUAACCCUUUGUACAAUUGUAAAUAUAAUGUACCUGAAGAAGAAUCAGAUAACAUUUUAUGUAAUAAUAUGCUCUGGGUAUUGUUAAUUUUAUUAUUAUAAACUAACACUUAGGACCAGUUAUACAUAAAAGCGUAAAAGUAAGCUUAGUUGCAUACACAAUUUAAAAAAAAAAAAUAAUACUACCUCAUGUAUUAGAGAUUAAGAUAUUUUAUUCUUAAUAUAUGUUAUAGAUUGAUGGCAAUGGUUCUAUAAAAUAAAUGCGUUGUUAAAAAAUUCUAAGAAUUUCAGAUAUUCUAUUAAUACAAAUUAGACAAAAAAAAUCCUUAUCAAAUCCUUGUAAGAUAUAUUAAAUAACCAGCUUUAUCCGGCCAGGCAUCGGCUCAAUCUGGCUAAGUUUUUCAUAUGUUUAAUUUUGUGUAGAUUAUUUUAUGUUAAAUAAAAAUGUUAAUCUUCAUUGCUUCAAAAUCUUACAUCUCGAAAAGUUUUUCAUCGAUUGCUUUGAAAUUUUGGCUUAACUUUGUAUUAGAAUAUGCUCAUUUUAUGUACUUUCUAUUAUAAAACAACAGGUAAAACUAUAAUUUUAUUUUUAAACAGGACUAUCUGUUGAAUGUAAAAUACUGUUCAAAAUAUUUUACAUUACCAUUUCAAUGUUUUAUAUUUACAAAUAUUAAACAUGUCAUUGAGUUGGAAUUGAGUUAUAUCAUCAUUUACCAUAACAUCCAUUGCAUGUAUAUUAGAGCUGUCUCUCCCCUCCUCUGACAGCGAUUGUGCUGAGAGCAGAAUUCAGAAAAAUUUCAAAUACUCAUGGAUAUAGGGAACCAAAAUGUUUGUACUUUUGGAGUUAUUCACAAAUAAAAUGAUGAAUCCAUCAUAACUUUUUAUUCUGCUUCUUUUCGGGAAAGUUUGUUCUAUACAGAAAUUAAAAUGGCUUGAAGGAUAAGACUAGCCAUGUUUUAUUAAAAUCACUACAGUCAAUUGUGACACCUAUUUCAGCUGUAAUUUCGAAAUGAAAGGCCAAAUGAUAUUGAAAUGUUUAUAAAAAUCCCGAUGUUGUGUCAAAAUUUCAAAGCAAUUGCUGGAGAACUUUUGGAGAAUAACGAUUUUGAAUAAGCAAACAUUUAUAUUUUUAUUUUGUUUUACAUAUAAAGAACUUAUCGUAGGAUAGAUAUACCAUGCCAGAAAUCUUCGAGGGAGUGUACGCAACAACUUCCCAAAGUUGCAUGCCGAUUUGGUGAGUGGUAGUAAUGCAUAAAGGACAAACAGACAGAUAUACAUUCGUUUAUGUAUAUAUAUAGAUGAAAUAUUCACACUGAAAAAUUUCCAUUUUUUUAUUUGUAUUUGCCUCUAUCCUAGAGGUUCAUUGGCAGUAAUUCUUAAUUUUUAAAUUCUGCUAUAAUAAUUUGGUUCGAUUAAACAUUGGAAGAGAAUGACAAUAUCUUCCUCCCUGUCUCCUAAAAUAGCCUUCAAUGCCGUGGACAACUUUGAUUGUUCUCUUUUUUUCGUAUUGGGGAGACUUUAGUAAUAAAUGUUUAACU